AUGGCUGCCCAAAACAACCGUCAAUUCCAUCUCCACCACGUUUAUUUCUUCGCAAUUAUCCUUACUCAUGUUCUCUCCUCCAAUGUCUUCAUCGAGUCAAGCAGCACCAUGUACCCCUUUAGUUGCUCUGACCAGGUUCAGAAUUGUGAUUCCUAUCUAUAUCACAUCUCCGAAGGCCUUUCCAUUGAGCAAAUAGCUUCUUUCUACUCAGUGAAGUCAUCCAAUGUUGAGCCCAUUACUCAUGGCCUCAAACAAGACUAUCUUGUAUCAGUUCCGUGCACUUGCAAGGAUGUGAAUGGCACUCAAGGCUACUUCUACGAUACCAUCUAUAGUGUACAAUCUGGCGACAUAUUUGCCAAUGUUACAUGGGUUCUCUAUAGUGGGCAAGCUUGGGAGGUUCCAGGAGUGGAACGGCUAUUUAUUGCUGGAGAUAAGAUUAGUGUGCAUCUUGUAUGUGGAUGCGUAGAAGUAGAGACUAAAGAGAUUGUGACAUAUACGGUUCAGGAAAAUGAUACCCUAACAGGGAUUGCAGAACUUUUAUCUGCGGAACUGACUGGGAUUAAGAAUCUAAAUGAAAGAUUAAUUCGAAAUCCAAGCUUGAUUGAUGUCGGAUGGGUUUUAUUCGUUCCCAGAGAGAAGAAUGGAAUUCAAGCACCAAAACAAGGAAAGCAACACCAUUUGGCAAUAAUCCUUGGUACACUGUCAGCGGUGACUUUAUUUUCAGUUUGUUCAAUGCUGUUGUUCCUCCACAGAAGAAACACAAACCAUAAAAACAGAAAAGAAGACCCAGAAGUCGUCAACAAAGCCCAAAGUCCCACGAGGACUUCCUUAAGGGCCCUUUCUCGUGAAAAGUACAUAGAAGAUGCAACCUUUGAAUCCGAAAGACCAGUAGUGUAUAGUUUGAAGGAGAUAGAUGAGGCCACAAGUCAAUUCGACGAAAGCAGAAAAAUUGGAGCGGGAGGAUAUGGGAUUGUGUACAUUGGUACUCUGAAAGAAAGGGAAGUUGCAAUUAAGAAAAUGAAGUCUUCCAGAUCAAAGGAAUUCUACUCAGAGCUCAAAGUGUUGUGCAAGAUACAUCAUAUUAAUGUGGUGGAGCUGCUGGGAUAUGCAACAGGCGAUAAUCACCUCUAUUUAGUAUACGAGUAUAUUCAGAAUGGAUCACUCAAUGAUCACCUUCAUGACCCUCUGCUAAAAGGUCACUCGCCCCUUUCAUGGCUUGCAAGAGCACAAAUAGCACUAGACGCUGCACGAGGAAUUGAAUAUAUUCAUGAUCACACAAAAGCGCGAUAUGUUCACCGUGAUAUAAAGACAAGUAACAUUCUACUUGAUAGGGGACUCGGAGCAAAGGUUGCAGAUUUUGGACUGGCAAGAUUGGUAGAAAGAUCAAAUGAAGAAGAUGCAGUAGCAACACGGCUAGUAGGCACGCCAGGUUACAUUGCACCUGAAUCUGUUCGUGAACUACAGAUGACAUCAAAAACUGACGUGUUUUCUUUCGGAGUGGUCCUGGCAGAGCUAAUAACUGGUCAGCGAGCGCUCGCACGCGACAACCUGCAACCGAACAAGAUGAAAGUAUUGGUAUCAGUUAUGAUAGCAAUAUUCCGAGAUCAAGACCCGGAGACAGCUUUGGAAGCUAAUAUAGAUGAAAACAUGGAAGGAAGCUACCCAAUGGAUGAAGUUUACAAGAUGGCAGAACUAUCUACACAUUGUAUGAAUGAAGACCCGACAAAUCGGCCGGAGAUGCGAGAAAUUGUCCAGAAACUUUCUAAAAUCGUGAUGUCCUCAAUUGAGUGGGAAGCUUCACUUGGAGGAAGCAGUCAAGUUUUCACCAGGUUAUUUGAUGGAAGAUGAAUCAGUUUCUUCAUGGAGAUGUUGACAAGUUCGUCAUUUCGAAAUUCAUAGUAAAAAUCAAAGCACAAUCUGCAAUUGUAAUCAAAACAUGCUCGUUCAAUAACUAGGAUUCAAAUAUACGUGCAUCAUAUAUACGUGGAGUCAGGCGGCAUUCCUUCAAUCGAUUACACUAAAUUUUAUUGGUCUUCAA